AUGCCUACUGCUUCAGUGAAAAAGACUAGGACCCAGACCGUGAAGGACAACAAAGACCCGGUGUGGAAUGAAACAUUUCACUUUAGGAUUCAGAAUGAAGUAAAGGUAAGGAGCUGUGCUUACCUUACACUCUUAAACAGGAAUUGCUACUUAUUUAGGCAGUCACAGAAGCAGAGGACUGGGAACUGCACAGGUGUCACUUAAAAGCAGGGCCAUAACUAAUGAGACAUCACUAUGGAGAUACUCCCAAUAUUUACUCCUAUUCCCAAGUGUUAACAUCAUACAAAUUCAAACAGGACUGUUCUACUUUCUGGGAGAUGACACAUACAUAAUAUUAAACGGUUAGAAGUUUAGAACGGGAAUUGUCCCUGGAUUGACCUCCUUGGACGGGGAUGAAUUACCUAUAGCCCUUCAGAUGUUGUUGGACUACAACUCCCAUAAUCUUUGACCAUUGGCCAUACUGGCUGUGGCUGAUGGGAGUUGGAGACCAACAAUAUCUGAAGGGUCACUGAUUUCCCAUCCUCACCUCUGGGGUGAGGCAUGUGUUACUGUGACAAACAUCUUCAGCGUAGUGAGGAUGGUUAUACCAGUCAGGGCCUUGGUUGGGUCUGUCAACAGUUCCUCAUACUUGGGAGCAGGGCAAAUCUGAGCUGGAUGAAGGUUAAGUUCACAGUAGGCGCUAAGAUAAAUUGAAGUUGUUAUCCCAGCAAGGGCCCAGGAAAGAUUGGAAGGUUUAUAUCCUCUAAGGCAGCUCCUCUGUUUUCCUGGUCAUCUUCUGGAUCACAAUAUGUCCUCCUUUGGCUUCUCCCUCCUUCUGAGAAAAAACCCUGCUAUUGAAAUCCUACGGCUGUUGGAUGAGUACCCCUCCACUGACUGUGGAUGUCUUGCUGGACUAUCUGCUUUUGAGGGGUUAGAAGUAAAGAGGGAGAGUCUGACUCGAGGGGAAGAAGGUCUAGAAAGGGGCAGCACAAUACAUUCUGAUGUCUGAGGCCAAAGACCCAUUUGAAGCUGAAGGACAGUGGAUUGGCACUGAAUCCUUCAGCACUAGUGGUGGGACAAUUCUAUUCACUACAACUGAGGGCAGCAGUCUGGCUUAGGAGUUGCAGGGCAAGCCAUGUGGUGUGCAUACAACUCAGUCCACUGACCCCUUUCUAUAGCUUCGUGUCCACCAGUAUUUGCCACCUGAAGUACUGCCUCACUCUGACUAUUGGUAGGGCCAGCCCUGAGUUCAGGCCUGGGGUGGGGGACAUCAGGCUGCUCAGUUGUGAGCUCUUUGGGGGUUUUGGUGCUCCUGGAGUCCCACUCCUCUUCCUUGGAUGAGGUGCCCCUAGACAGAGAGGCUAGUCUAUGAAAGGUUCUAAAGUUCUUCUCUGGAUUUCUCUAGAACAUUCUGGAGCUUAAAGUUACUGAUGAAGAUAAGCAUACUGCAGAUGACCAUCUCCUCACUGUUUUCUUUGAUGUUUCUAAAAUCCAACUUGGUGAAACAACCCGCCUGAGCUUUCAGCUGAAUCCAAAAGUGAGUACUGCAAGCAAAAAGCAGGCUGUGUGACAUUGUGUGGAAAAUAAAUCCACAUUUCUCUCAAUUUUCAAUGAAGUUCCCUUUCAGCUAUUCAGCAAUGGCGCCAUAUAAAAGAAUUACACUUGCUUUGAAUACACAGACGACAACAACAAAAGAGUUUUGUGGCACCUUAAAAACUGACAAAUUUUAUCAUAGCAUAAGCAUUUGUGAACUGGAGUGCACUUCAUCAGAUACAUGAAGUGUGUGUGUGUACACACAAACACAUAUAAGUACAUGGGUGUAAAGGAAAAACAAUAAUAAUCUAAAGGUUAGAGUUAAAUGGCAAUGGAAUGGAAAAAGUAUAGCCUGAUAAUUCAGUUAGUUUAAAAUUAUGCAAACCUACCCUUCACAACAACUAUGGUUAGUUAUUUUAGCAUUACAUAGCUGUGACAAUAUACUGAGAUCUUAAAUGUAUGAAAAUGAGCUUGGUGACCCUUCACAGAAGCAGUUGCUGUUGAUAAACAAAUCACCCAACUAUACAGGAUUACAUAUCUCUGUUCUGACCUAAUUGAAUAGAACUGAACAUUUUGAUGCUGAAUACACCACUGAUUCCCAUAUCAAACAUGUAAAGUAUGAACAGUAUGUGUGUUUCUUUAAACAUCUGAGUCCAGUUCAGAUGGGGCAAUCUACACCAGGACCCAAACCCAAAGAGUGCUAGUCACACUCAAGUCCCAUUGAAUUAAAUGUGGCUAAUUGUUUUUGACUGAAAUUAAAGGGAUUUGAGUUCUAUAUUUUUUCCUGUUUGGACUGCAGCCAAAGCUGCUUGGGCAUCACCAGUGCUUCCAUGUGGUAGGGAGAGCUAGCUGUCUUGGGACAUAAUCGGGCAUGGCACAUCAGCACGGCCUUUUGUUGGUAGGAUCCCAUCCACCCCUGGUCAAUGGCUCCCACAGUGUAGCCUAGGGACAGCUGAAGAAUCUUUACCAAAAUGCUCAUUUUUAGGGGAAACUGCUUGCAAAGAUGUAUAUAUUAGUCAAAACUGCACUUAAAAAUGUGUUUAUUAGCAGAAAUCCACACUAAAAUGCUGACAAAUUUCCUAGAGGAUUAAAAAAUAAUAAUCACAAGUUUCUGCAGAAAUGUGGAGAACUGGAUUUAUGACUGGAAAGAUGAGAAACUGAGAAAACCAAAAUGGUCAGGUCCUUCCAUCCCUAGCUGCCUCUGAGGUGACUUGGCUUCUCAGUCCUGCCCCCUGACUUCCACUCGUUGAGGGUGGACUUCUGAGUUGCAGAAGGAAGUUGUAACCCUGGUUGGACAGGAUUCUAGCUCCUAUGGAAUAUUAUGCUCCUAGUCUUCCAUAGCAUGAAUGUCCACAAGUCAAGGCAUGGACUCCCUUCACUUAAGUAAUGUGUGAAGUGGGCUUAUUAUUCAAGGGAAUGUGUGAACAUGCCGUCACUGUUUUUGCUUUUUAAACUUUCAGGGUAAGGAGGAACUAGAAGUUGAAUUCACAAUGGAGAGCAGGUAAGAACAACUGUUGUUGCACAUACCAUUAACAAAACUGCCAUGCAAAAAAUAAAAUAAAAUGCAGCAUUGAUAAAGAGCUUGCCUUGUAUCUCUCUUGGUACAAAACCUUUACAGUACUAUAUAUCUAACUACGUAGGUAUUGCUGAUGGUGUGUAUUCAUAUUCUGUUAUUGGGGCAAUAAUGGUCACUGAAGGAUCGAUGUGGCAUAGCAGGGGCUAACAUACUGAUGGGGAUAUAGUAGCAUUUGCUAAAGGGCUUCAGCGCUGGCUAUUUAUAGGGAAGCUAUUGAAGGCCAAGAAUAUUUCAUCAAGGAGAUUGCAGGAUAGAACUACUGCUUUACUGUUUCAUCUCAGUCGACAGAUGGAGAAACCUUGUGACUGGAUGCUCCAUAUAAAACUCCCUGCAUACAGAAAACUAGAGACCAGGGAGAAGAGUUCCUGCACAGCAUGUGCCAUGAUAUUCCUGAUCCAGAGACUCGCAUGUUCUAUAGCAGUGUUUCCCAACUUUGGGUCUCCAGCUGUUUGGAACUACACCUCCCAUCAUCCUUAGCUAGCAAGACCAAUGGUCAGAAAUGAUGGGAAUUGUAGUUUGAAAGUAGCUGGAGAUCCAAGGUUGGGAACCACCGCUCUGUAGCAUUUUAUAGGGCUCCUGUACAACCAGUCUUCUCUGUUCACUUCCAUGGAGAGACAACUCAUUCUUGUACAUACAGCUUCUGCUUUUAUCUAAAUGAAUGGAAAAGCUGCUCUUGUGGGUGGGGAAGCUCUGUGUGGGCACCGGAGCUGUCAUAUGUGUAAGUAUGAUGUGGAGAGAUGCCAGUGAGAGACAGCUGGCCCAGGGGUUGCCUCAGAGCGCACAGCUCCAAUUUGUAGCAUAUGCCAGCCAUGCGCUCAAGUCUCGCCCACCAUAUGGUUGUUCCCAGGAAGGGAGAUUCGUCCCAUAAUCUGCUUGUCCUGAUUCAGGUAGGUAGCCGUGUUGGUCUGACGCAGUCAAAAUAUAUAUAUAUAUAAAUUAAAAAAUUGUCCAGUAAUACCUUAGAGACCAACUAAGUUUGUUCUGGGUAUGAGCUUUCGUGUGCAUGCACACUUCUUCAGAUACACUGAAACAGAAGUCACCAGACCCUUAUAUAUAGUGAGAGGGUGGGGUGGGUUUUUUCUCAGGAGGGUAGUAGGAGAUGGGUGAUUGACUCAAUGGGUAUGGUAAACCUGUUGAUGAAUGUUAAUGACUACAAUUAGGUUUACAGGAAAAAGCAAGGGAGAGUAUGCAGAUGAUUAGCAUUUUUAGCAUAUGUAAUAUGCUUGUUCUGAGUUUUUAUUACUCCAGAACUUGAUGCAAUUGGUUUAGCCAGAAGUUCCACGUUGCUUGGAAGUCUGCUUGUUUAAUUGCUUUUCCAGCUUUCCUUUAGGCCCCUCACACUGAUGUGUCCUUUGGAAUGAGCAUUUCAGAGAGGCUCCCCAAUUCCUGGCAUCUCCCCCUCUCCUGUUGUUCGCUGUCUUGGGUGCCCUCCUGAGCUCAUAGCCCUCCCCGCACUGGAAAGGACACCAUUCUUGGGGAAGGGCGGCAGCUCAGUGGUAGAGCAUCUGCUUGGCAAGCAGAAGGUCUCAAGUUCAAUCUCCAGCAUCUCCAAGUAGGACUGGGAAUGUCCCCUGUAUGAAACCUGGGGAGCUGCUGCCAGUCAGUACAGACAAUACUCAGUAUCAGGCAACUUCCAAUGUACCUGAAGAACUCCCAGGCUGAGUCAGGAUGCUGCCCAUGCUGGGGAUGGCAUGUCUCUUCUUGGCCUGGUUUUGUGAAUAUUUGGCUGUGCCAAACAAGUUGUGGAGCCACUAGGAAGCCGCAAAAGACACAGCUGCUUUCAAAUGAGAAAACAAAAUACAAAUAAAAUGCCAUCCUUACAGUUACUGGAAGAGUAUAAUUUUCUUUUCUUUUACCUUUCAGCCCAGAUGUCCCAGAGAAGAUAUUUACUAAUGGAGUUUUGGUGGUAAGUUUAUGAAUUCUGUUUCUUUAUCUGACCAGCUAGUAGAGCUUAGGUCUAUAAAGUGCUGGCACUCAAAUUCUGCAUACCUAAACACAACUUUCCUGUGCAUGACAAGCUGGAACUGGAAUUUGUGCUACUUGGCUCUCCCACUCAAUUCCCCCAAGGUGAGGAAGCUCAGACUGGAACAGGGAAGCUUGGAUACAGUUGCCACACUUCACCUCCCAUUCCACCAUCGGAUGAGUGCCACCAAGUGGUAAAAAUCAAAGCAUUCUAUCCCUGCCACCUUCAUAUUGAAGCUUCCUAAAACACUGAGAUUGGGACAUGAUAAUUGAUUUAAGCUUCUCUGUGCCUAACUUUCCCCCCUGCACUGCCUAGAGAAUUUAACAGACUCCAACAUGUGCUGGCAGAAUAUUCAUAAUUAUAAAACUGUGUUACAUUGUUGGUGCAGGGGUGAGGAACUGCUGAGCUGCGGGGUGUUGUUGGACUACAGCUCCCAUUAUCCCUGGCAAUUAGCCUACUGGCUGGGGCUUAUGGGAGCUAGAUAUCAACAGCUUCCUGCAUUCCUGCAAUAAUGGAUAUUGACAGUUGAUUGACAGAAGAGAAAUCCUUGCAAAGGAGCCUACAUUUUGGGCUACUUUACUAGUCAAGCAAAAGAUUGUGCUCGGCAACCCCUCAUUUCUCCCAACAGGUUUCCUGCUAUCACCUCCCUAAUGAUGAGCUUAGACACUGCUGCUUGAAGCUGUUCAAGGUGCCUUCAAGUAGCAGUCUCUAAGAUACCAACCCUGCCCCAGUCUUUCCCUAGAAAAGAGUGGGUGGGUGAGAGUUUUCUUGCCCAAGGGCUACUAAGCAAAGGAGUACAAGAUGCCUUUCCCCAGAGGCAUUCAAGCAAACCCCACCAUUCUGGCCUUUCCUGCUCUCACAGGUUUGGUCUUGUGUGGCUGAGGCACUCCAGUUGCCUUGGAAACAACCCCCAGCCUUUCUCCUAACUUAGAAGAUGGGAUCACUGGACAGCUGUAGAGCUGAUCUUAAACCACCUCUGUAGGUUCAAAGUUGGCAUAAGCAUGGCCCAUUGCUCACCAGAAGGUGGCAACAAGUUUGUCACUAAAGCAAUCCAGAGGUUUAUGUUUGUUCCUUCAUUGGCAAAAUGCUCAUCACUAUGAUGGGCAGAUACUGUAUCUGCUUUCUUUCUAUUCUAGAUUCCAAAACCAUUUCUGUGGUAGUGGAGACGGAGUCUGUAUACUGCAAGGCAGUCUAGAAUUCCUUUCUUUGGGGGUUGGGCCAUCUAAUAUUGGAGGCAGGGGGCAGGAUUUGUUUCCAUGGUAAUAAAGUCCCCAAGUGCUGUGGUAAUAUUUUUUCCAUAGGUGUGAACAUCCACCAAUAAAUUCUGACUUACCCUGAAUUUUGUUCCUUUCCUAACAGUCUUUUCAGUUGCAUCCUAUUUACUUGGCUCAUUGUGGAUGAGCAAAUAAUUCAUUAAAUUUAUAAGAGAGAUUACAUUUUAUGUAAUGCUACAUUGCAUAUACAGUGGUACCUCUGGCUGCGAAUGGGAUCCAUUCCGGACGCCUGUUCGCAACAUGAAAAGAGCGCAACCCGCAGCAGCGCGUCUGCGCACGCAUGGGUUGUGAUUCACCGCUUCUGCACAUGCGCAUGACGUCAUUUUGCGCGUCUGCACAUACGCGAGCGGCGAAACCCGGAAGUAACCCUUUCCGGUACUUCCAGGUUGCCGCGGGACAUUACCUGAAAGAUCGUAACAUGAAGCAAACUUAACAUGAGGUAUGACUGUAGUACUCAGAGAAGCCAGAGUUAAAUCUAUCUGAACACAUAACCUUUGACCUGGAAGGUUUAAGUGUGGGGACUGGCUGUGGCUAAAAUUAAGCCCAAGUUUAUUACAUUUGCAUCAUAAUAGCACCUUACAUAGCAAAACCAGGCUGCGGCAUAAAAAUGUAUAUUUGUUCUACAUUCACUCUUUGAUUCUAAUUUUUAUCCUUUACAGGCACGUGAAGUUGCCUGUUUGGAAGUUCAAAUAGAUGGGGGAAGAAGGAAAACAGGUAGGCGAUUUUUAAUUGGGGUUGGGGGAGUGCCUUAGUUCAGUGGGAGGGCAGUGGUACACCCAGUUCAGUCCCUGGCAUCCCAAGUUAUUGUUGGGAUAAUCUCCUGUCUGAAGCCCCAGAGACCUGCUGCCAGCCGGUAUGAACAAUAAAGAGCUAGGUGGACCAAUGGUGUGACUUGGUAUAUGGUAGCUUUUGAUGUGUAUAUGUAAUAUAAUGAAAUAAGAACUAGCUGGUGUUUUGUUGGCCUCUCUGCAAGCUAGCUGUUGUCACCUCCAUGCCUAGUCUUUACUGAAUUGCUGUGAAGUCAUAGAACAUUCAUGACCAUUUUAGCUGUAGUCCUAUUCAGGCAUUAUGCCUGAACACAAAAUCUCCAGAGACAAACCCCAUGCUUCCCUGUAUCGAGCAGAGAAAGUCUGCAAGCGGAUUUCACUUAACAUGAGUAGAACCCUCUACAUCAGUGUUUCCCAGACUUGGGUCUCCAGCUGUUUUUUUGGACUACAGUUCCCAUCAUCCCUGACCGCUGGUCCUGCUAGCUAGGGAUGAUGGGAGUUAUAGUCCAAAAAAAGCUGGAGACCCAAGUUUGGAAAACACGGCUCUACAUGCUAGGGGGCCCUGCUGGCCCUGGUGGGAAAUAGCUUUCAAUGGCCUUUCCUUUCCCCUGAUUCCUUCAAAAUCUGCUGCAGUGGGUUGGAGGAAAUCUGAGUACUGCCUCCUUUCCCCCUUUUGUGAGGGUUCUCCUCUAUUGCAGCGCCAUCACUUCUGCAAACAGGAGGUGACCUUCCAUUCGCAAAAAGGGUACAGUGGGUCCCAGGCUGCUUCCAGCAUCUAUAGACUAUUUAUGAAAGCCAUUUUAAAUCAGUUUUUUUGGAGGGAUUAUUAAUAUAUAGAUCUCGUUAUUGCUUCCCCACCACCACCUUUCUGUAGAAAGAAAAUUCACUCUUUCCGUGGGGGGAUCCCAUGAAGAAGCUCAAAACCUCACGUUGCGCAACUGGCUUUGCCGUGCUGCUCCUGCUAAAUUUCACUACAUCAAAUAUAACCAAUCAGAAUUGGAUAUUGAACUGCCGAGGAGACAGCUUCUUACGGUAUGUUGGUUUUUUUUGGCUCCGUAAUAAGGCUGAGGGGAGGCUGAGCCACAGACAUUCGUCAUGUAGGAGGCAGGAGACACCAGGGGUGAGAGCUGAGGCAAUGAAGCCAGAGGACACACCAAGAGGCACCAUAAGUCAGUGUUGGGCAAGACCAUCCAUGCCAGCCUGUACUGGAAACCUUUACAGAGAAGCCCUUCCUGGUGAAGACAGCCAUGGCCAGUCUUGGGCGGGCCAGGACAUUUCAGUGCAGUAACUGGGAACUCUUCAAGUCAGUUGCGGAGGAAGGGGUUUCGGUACCUGGGAUGGCGGAGGUGUGGUACGUCGCCAGUGGGGGCGUGGCACGUCACACGCGGAGGGGGGUGGCGGCAUGUCACCCAUGCGAGCUUCCCAAUGGGGCGGUGCCUACCUGUGCGAUCGUCCCAAGGGGGCGGCGACCGCCUGAGUGAACGUCAUGCCAAUGGGGCGGCAUCUGCCCACCCGAGUGUCCCAAGGGGGAGGUGCCCACCCGUGGCGAUGUCACCCUCCAGGCUGGCACCCGGGGCACACCGCCCUCCUGCCCCCUUCCUCUCCCACUGCUUCAAGUGCCCAGGGAGACACUUUACCCUCAUAGUUUGCCACCGAGCAGCUGGUUCCAGGUUUUAGCCUCAGAAGCCCCUGAAAGAGAAUAUCAACUGCUUUAGACGAUUUUCUCCUACUGAUAAAUUUCAUUUUAUAUGCAGGCCUCCUCAGAGACGAAUGAGUCAGCAACUGUUCCCCUGAACACACUUCCUAUCAAAGAGCAAGUGACAAUACCACCGGUGAGACUUCCUAUUGACUCCUAGGGAUAACCCCCCCCAACAUUAAAACUUUUUUCAAAUAAUGGUACAAUAUUAAGUGCAUUCACACCAAAAAAACCCCAUCCCAUGUUAACUCUUUCUUGUCAUUCAGUUGAGGUAAAGCUUUCCUAUGAAUGUGGUCCACAUUGUCUGAUUUCUAUUUAGCUAGAGUCUGAAUUAUAUUAAUGCUUUUGGCACAUUUCAGCACCAAAUGCCGGGCACAUGGAUAAGAAAGUUUCACAAUUUCCUGCCUGCCAUAAAUUGUGGUGUAAACUAAUCCAUACUUUCAUUAUCACUCAAACCAGGACAGUUCAUAUUUAUUUAAUUUGCUUGAUUUGAAAACAGACUUUUUAUCUCUCCCCCCUCUCCCCUUUCUCUCUUUACAAAUGAAGAUCUGUAGUUAUAAAACUCCUCAUAUCCCAAGUUCAUAUUCAUCACCUAGUAGAUAUUUUAUCUAUUACCAUCACCAAUUUUUAACUUCAUAAUAAGGAGCUGAUUGGUUCUUUCAUUAUUUAGGCCAUUGUUUGGGCCAUUGUAUCAAUGCAUUGUUCUAUUUUGAUAUUCUGAUCUACUUAAAAAUACAGUUUUGGGAAUGCAGGUCCAAUUCUGCAUGGUUAACAGGAAGAUGGCAAUUGCCACCUACAGUACAUGUAUUUUGGGUUACUUUGGGGAGGAGUAGAACUAUAGAGAAAUUUAAAUACUUUCUGGAACAGACAGAAAUGAAUACUCAAAUGUCCCUUGGUACUUAAAAAUAUAUAUUCAAGCUGAACUGGAUGUAUCUCCACCCAGGAUUUGCAGAACCUUCUGUCCACUAAUGAAGGGAGAUCAUUUUUGCAUCUUUCGGGGUUUUUGCCACCCAGCAGUUACUUUUAAGCAAAAGAUGAGAAUAAUCCCUUAGCAUCUCAUUAAAGUGUACAUUUUCAAAAACAAAUGUUUACCUAAACUUUGGCCUCCCCCACCAAGCAUCUCUUUUUUGGGGGGGGAAGGGUCUUCCCCCCAGACAUUCAAAAUUCAAAUGUAAACAUUCAGUUCAUUCCUCAUGUAUAUAUUUUAUUAUUAUUAUUUUCCAGAACAAAACAUUUGAUUUGAGUGUGAAGUCAAAAGACUGGUAAGAAAACCUCUUCUAAACCUGAGCCUCCCCAGUCACAUGUAUUUCCCCUCACUCCUUAACUACUUUGCUUUUAUACGGAAUCUCACAAACCUAUGAUGUUUUGAAUGUCUGGCUUGAGGUGAAUUAACACCAAAACCCAUUAUGUGUGAAUGUAAGAAAUACAUGCAUCUUCAAAGCAAUUUGGUACCAAGUUUUUUAAAACCAUUUGUUGUCCAGGUGAUCUGCCUUGAGAAACAGUUCUUAAGACGCUUAGCAAUUAUGUGGACCAAAUGAAACACAAUCCAACUGUUAUGCACUAUGAUUUCUAUACAUUUAAGCACACUUAUUUAUCUUCUGGAUUCUGUCCAUUGCGUUUAAGUGUGUUCAGAUUUUAACAAAACCACAUUAUGGGCAUUGCUCAGAAAACAUUGCUCCCCGGAAUCAUAUGCUCAGUCUUCCCUCCCCUUUCUUUUUUCCAUAGAAACCUUGAGCUUGAGCCUCCACUUCCCUGCCUUUUUAUUUACAUCCUCCUUAUACAGCCAGCACCACGCACCUGGUCCAGGAGGUGGCACUGCUGUCAGAUUCCUCCGUGUUGCUGUUGUAAAACUAACCCAUGGGGAAGAGGGUGGAGACGUAACCUGGGUAGAGCAACAGCAUAAAUUUAAGGCUCAUCCAGCACACACUUAAAGCACACGACUUCUCCCAAAGAAUCUUGGGAACUGUAGUUUAAGGGAACUGUGGGGAUUGUAACUUUGUGAGGGGGGAAACUAUGGUUCCCAUGAUUCUUUGCAGGGAGUCAUGUGACUUAAAUGUACAUUUGAUGUGUUGUAAAGGUAUGGUAUGGGGACGCAGGUGGCGCUGUGGGUUAAACCACAGAGCCUAGGACUUGCCGAGCAGAAGGUCUGUGGUUUGAAUCCCCGUGACGGGGUGAGCUCCCGUUGCUCGGUCCCUGCUCCUGCCCACCUAGCAGUUCGAAAGCACAUCAAAGUGCAAGUAGAUAAAUAGGUACCACUCCAGUGGGAAGGUAAACGGUGUUUCCGUGCGCUGCUCUGGUUCGCCAGAAGCCGCUUAGUCAUGCUGGCCACAUGACCCGGAAGCUGUAUGCUGGCUCCCUCAGCCAGUAAAGCAAGAUGAGCACCGCAACUCCAGAGCCGGUCACGACUGGACCUAACGGUCAGGGGUCCCUCUACCUUUACCUUUUAAAGGUAUGGUGUUAGUUAGUUCUGCCUGUCAUUGGCUCUGGUUCCUCUUCCUGUUUGCUUUCCAUUUUGUCAGCUCCGUUGGACAGCAGCCACCCCUGACAGCAACCUAUUCAGUUUGUUUAAAAAUCAGCUUGUGGUUCAGCAUGGGGUAGGGGCAAGACUGCUACUGCUGCAUUCUACCCUAAUGGUUAGAAAAAACACAUUGUGCACACAUGUGCACACGCUAGCAAAUGUUUCUUUGAUAGAUUGCAGCCAGCAGAUGUAGCAGGCUUUAAAACCGCCUGCAUAAAUUUCUCUUGGCCUUAGGACUCAGGGCCUGCUUUGUAAAAGGCCGAAAAGUCUUGAUGUGCGUCUAGGAUAUGAUCUGUGCUCAGAUGAAAAGAAUUUCCUACAGAAACGGAAGAAAGUGGUUGCUGCUACUCUGAAAAGUCUUCUUCAUUUAGACCAAGGCCUGAAUGACCAUGAAGUAAGUGGAUCACAAGAGUGCCAUUUUCUCCCUACAGUCUUGGUAUCUAGUGCUGCACUUAAGCAUUUUUAGACUCUGGUUUUAUGAUGGGAAAUUGGCUCUGUGGUGUUAGUCCUGUGUAUUUCUUCACUACUACAAAAUGUUGUGACCCAGCCUUGCUGCAUCUUAGAACCUUCUGCUUAACCUGCUAAUGAGGCCCUGGACUUAUUUAUUUUAUUAAAUGGAGUUUUAACAUGCCUUUCAGAAUAAAUUAUGCUGCCAAGGCAGUUAAUAUGUGUCAGCCAAGCAAUACAGUAACAUUAUACAAAAGUUUAAAAAAAAAGUUAGCUCUGCAAUCCUAUAUUUCUUGGGAAGUGGCCAUAGGAAACUGACCUGAGAUCUGCAGAUGAAGGGCAAUACACAAAUUUAAUAAAAUAAUAACCAAUAAAAAACUGGUUAUUUUCUUGCGCUCAACAGGUGCCUGUGAUUGCUGUGACAACUACAGGAGGUGGAAUGAGAGCAUUAACCGCUAUGUAUGGCACCCUUUGGGGUCUCCAGAGACUGAAGCUUUUGGACUGUGUUUCGUAUAUAACAGGCUCAUCAGGGACAACAUGGUAAGGGAUGAGAACUGUGAUUUGUGUGAGCUACUUGUGCUGAAACCCCUCUUCCAAUAUUGCAUCAUUAUUUGACUACCAGUGAAAUCAGAGGCAAUUAUUACUUGAUUUUGUAGCAUACUGUCACAAUUAAGUAGGUGUACAUAGUUUCUCCUUUGGCUUUCCGCACCAGCAAGGAAGUGCUUAAAUUUUGUGAAACUCCAGAAUACCCUUGGUAUUGUGAGUCUAUGCAGAAUAAUUUAUCCUCAGUUGUUCUGUCAGUUGUUUGGUCAGGUCACAAGGCAGGACUAAUAAUUUAUUAUCUGGGAGUGGAGAAAUGAGAAGAAUGCCUCUUAGUAUACGCAAAUUCCCUUCCUCAAUAGUUGAGCGAGUUUAUUGGUUUCAAAGAACACAGUGAGCUGAGCCAAAUUUCCCAACAGUCUAAUAAAACACUACAUAUGUCUGCUCAGGAUUAGGCCCCAUUGAGUUCAAGGGGACUUACUCUCAGGUGAAUGAGUAUAGAAUUGCAGACCAAAAUGCUAGAAGUUGGCAGAAUAGUCUCUUUCCCCCCACCCCCAUGUCUGAGCAGGAAGAGUGGUGAUUUGUUGAUAGUUGAUGGGCUGCUGAUCUGUGUUUUCUUUUAAAAGGACAUUUAAGCUAAACUAAAAUUAAAUAGCAUAUUUUAGAUGAUAGGGUGACUGAAUUGUUUUUCCAAAGUUUGUCUCAGUUCAAGCAUUCAAAGACAAUAUGUUUAACUUUCAAAGAUAACACCUGCCUACAAAAGUGAGAAAGGAGUGGCGGCGGCGGCGGGGGGAGUAAGAGCUCAUUUCUUUCGAAAUUCCACCCACCCUUUACUAGUGAAUGGUUGAAAAAAACGUCUUGCAAAAGGUUCUGCACAACACUACUUGUAUACUUAACCUGUGUUAUACAGUCUGGAAUAAAAACAAAUCAUAUCUCCUUUCCUUUCUUUUCCAGGACGAUGUCAGAUUUGUAUGAAGAUGCUGAUUGGUCAAAGAAAGAUCUUGGGGAGAUCAUCAAGAAAGCUCGAAUUCAAGCAGCCAAAUCUAAAAUGAGUGCCUUUUCCUUGGAAAGCCUAAAAGCUUACCAUAAGGAGCUAUGCCAGAGGACCAUAGCAGGAUAUAAGACAUCCUUCAUAGACCUUUGGGGACUCAUGAUCGAAGCCAUGCUGAAUGAUGGGGUAUUCUAUAUGUGUUUGUUUUCAGAAAUGUUAUCUGUUUCUUCCUUCAGAAUUAUUUGUAUCAUCUGAAGAUCUCAGGGCAGAGGAGAGUAGAAUCAAUACAUUGCCAAACUGGUGCAUAAUGUCAUCAAAACACACAAUUGCUAAAUCUCACUUACCAUUCCCAAAAGCAGGGGCGAAAUGAGGCUUUAUUUCACCUGGGUCAAAGACCCAGUCUGGCACCCCCUAUGCACAUUUGCAUGCGCACACACACAUAGACUGGGAGCCUCAAUGGCGCCCCUCUGGAGGCUUCACCCAGGGCAAAACACCUGGCUAGUCCCCCCCCCCCCCAUAGCUACAGCUCUGCCAAACGCUUGGGUGAAAAACUACUCCCUGCUUCUGCUGCUAUUCAGGUUUUCUGGUGAUGACCACUGAUUGCAGCUGAAUGCCAGGGUUGGCUCUCAGGAGCUGGACAAAGUCAGGAUAUUUCUGAUGGUUCACUUUAUUAUUAAUCAUUUUAGCUCCAUGCAAUUUGCAGUUGGUCCAACAGCCAAAGUCUAUUCCCACAUUGACUUCAGCAACAAAAUUCUUCACUUUGGAUGAGCCAGCUGCUCUUCUUCUCUUGCUUUGCCCUCAUGCUAAUAAAAUAAAAUAAAAAUAAAAAUAAAGGCUAUACCAUAUUCCCCUGUUAUACUGUAGAUGGAAUAAGAUGGGGUAUGGAGGAUGUUGCCUUUGGAAAGUGCAGUCUUAGCAACCAUAUGUGUCUAGUACAGAGAUGAAAUCGCUGCAAACUUUGGUACCCUCUGUAUCAGCCUUCCCCAAUCUGUUGCCAUCCAGACAUUGUGGACGGCAACUUCCAUCAACACAAGUCAGCAUGUCUGCAAGUCAGGGAUGAUGGGGGUAGUAGCUCAGAGCAAAUGAAGGGCAGCAACUUGGGACAGGCUGUUCUAUAUUGUCCUUUCAUGGCUAUUUUUCAUUCUGUGCUUUGAAUUUAUGCUGGAUCCUUUUUUAAAAAAUGCAAUACUUAGGAGGGAUUUUUUGUUGUGAUUUCAACCUGUAGGGACAAGGCCAGCCCUUGCAUGAUUCACAGGGAGGCAGCUGCCUCAGGCGGCAAAUUCUGAGGGGUGGAAAGUAGAUAGGAAUCUUGCUGUGUGGUCUGCCCUGCAGCCCCUAAGCUAGCUAGCUUGCUGUCCUAGGGUGCAGUGGAGGACUCUGGCCCAUCACUAGUGAUUCAAUUACCUGUCUAGAUUUUGUGCACAGAAUGGGAAAUGCACCAUUUUGUCCUUUGCCUCAGGCAGCAAAAUGGCUUGGGCCGCUCCUGUGUAGGGAGGAAACAUGUAGCCUUUCCUUCUUUAACUUGUAUCAUGAUUGAAAUCCCCCCUUAAAGGCAGAAAACUGUUAGCUAUUUCAUUUAUUAUUAUUGUAUUUUUACUGCCAGAGAGGGGGAGAGAUGCUUGUGGAAUGUUUUACCUCAGCUUUCAAAACAACCCAGACAGCUUUGGGUACUGUGCACCUCGAUUUGAGGGCUGGAUGAUACCAUUUGCUGUUCUCCUGAGGCAGCAAAAUGUUUGGGGUCAGCCUUGCAAGUUCCUAUUUUCCCCAGAUAAUUAAAUAUGUAAUGUGUAUUUAUUUUCCCUACAAAAACCCAGAACAACCACCAUAAACUCUCAGAUCAACGACGAGCAUUGAGCAAAGGCCAGAACCCUCUUCCAAUCUACCUGGCUUUGAACGUUAAGGACAAUGUUACCACAAGAGAUUUUAGAGGUAAUGUUUUCCCCAACCUUCUUCAUAUUUUAAGUUUGUAUGGCAAAUUACAUGGUCAGGUAUGCACAUAUCAGAACCAACAAAAAGGGAAAAUUCAUCUUCUGGACUCAAGCUGAGCUCAAGCACAUGGGCAGCAGCAUUAUUCUGAUCCUUUCCUCCACACCAGGUAUAGGGAACCUUUGGCCCUCCAGAUAUGGUGGAACCAGGGCUUUUUCCAGCUGGAACUCGCCAGAACUCAGUUCCGGCACCUCUCUGAUGGGCACCAUUGCCAUUAUAAGAGAACAAGGGAGGUGUUCAUAGUGAGUUCUGCCACCUCUUUUUCUAGAAAAAUAGCACUGGGCGUGCAUCAUACCUGGCCAUUGGCCUUGUUUUCUAGAAUUGAUGGAAACUGUUGUUCAGUCACAUCUGGAGGACCCAAAGUUCCCGCUACAUGAUACAACUGUGCCAGCACCGUUCCAGAUUGUGAUGAAGGAGAACGGGUGACACCAUCUUAACUUUACCCUAAAAGUCAUUUAUAAGACCUAGAACGCCCACCUGUUGAAACAAGAUACUGGAUUAGGUGGUCCUUUGACCCAAUCCAACAGGGAUCUUCAUAUUUUCUUAACCAACUGUGUAGAUUUAAAGGAACUUUCCAUUGUCACCGUUUCUGGAAGGGUAGCCAUGUUAGUCCAUCUGUCCUGAGGCACCCUUGAACGCUGAGACACUUAUUAUGGCAUAAGCUUUCAUGGACCAUUGUCCACUUUAUCAGCAUUGUUCUGAGUGGCAAGUACAUGUGGCGUGUAUAUUUUAGGGAGUGGGGUGUAAAAAUGCAGAGAAGUAUUGACUGUGAUAAUUACUUUAUUGACAGUGACCAUUCACAGUAAAAUGGUAGCUGAUAAUACAAACAUCCUGGGAUUGGUAAGCCAGUCAACACACACAUUGUGGUAAAAUCCAUUCUGCCAUAGCACUGAACCCUUGAUGUACCAUAAUUCAGCGGCUGUCCUUUAUGUCCACUGUAGGACAAACAGUGAUCCCAUAUAUACACUCCCUAGUGUAUCUACAGUAGAAUGCAGCAGUGACAUCCUCUUCCUUCUCAUGGUGCCACUGCUGCUUGCUGGGAUUGGGGACAAGGCAGGGGGAGGCAGCAGUGAGGGCAGGGGAGCUAUGGGCCACCCCAACCUGGAGCUCCUCUGAUCUCACAGUCUCCUCAUCCUGGAAUGUGCAGAGCCACAAUCAGGAGGGCACCCUUACUGUUCUGUUCCUUUCACAUGCUGCUACUGAUGAAUGCAUAAGGUCGGGGAAACAGAAGGCAGUCAACCAUUGUUUUAUACUUUUUAAAUAUUGCGUAUGGCCCACGAGGAAGACAUUGGCUUGGAAUGUGCCGGGCUGAAUAAAACACUUCCUUGUGUAUCUUUUGUAUUUCCUGUAGGUGUUUAAAAAGCAGAAAUGAGUUGCGGAAGUUGUUAUUUAAAUACCCAAUCCUUUUUGAGGAACACAAAUUGCUGGGUUAAUUAUGAGCUUAAUCAAAACUGAACUGCAUAAUCCCCUCGUGUGAUUACUUUCAGCUGAGAAAGCUUCCCAUUCUCUUUCCAUAGUAUAGUGAAUGUGUUGAAUGUUGGCUUCCUUGCAGAGUGGGUGGAGUUCACACCAUAUGAGGCGGGCUUCCUGAAAUAUGGGGCGUUUGUUCGUGCUGAAGAUUUUGGAAGUGAGUUUUUCAUGGGGCACCUGAUGAAGAAGCUCCCAGAAUCAAGGAUCUGCUUUAUGCAAGGUGACUUUUUAUAUCUGGGGUGGGUGGGUGGGAGGACAUACCUUGACAAGAAGGCAGGCGAUGAUGCAUUCGGUAAUGUGGGUACAGCCUGCACUACUUGGGGGGAAAAGGGGAACGCUGGUGCAUAUCAGGUUUCUGUUACAUUUCCACACUCACUGUGUCUUUUGUUUUCAUUGCAUUAUGACUCCCAGGGGUGGAAGCAAACUUUAAAUUCUAUAUAUCAUGCUUAAAUGAUAAAAAAGGCAAAUUCCAUGCUAGGGAUUAUAUGGAAGGGGGACAGAAAUGAAUCUGCCAGUAUCAUAAUGACCUUUUACAAAUCUAUAGUCUAGCCACCCUUCAAAAUACAGUUCCGGUCACCCCAUAGCAUAAAAGGAGCAAUGGUGGAUCAUAUCACACGCUCAUCUAAUCCAGCAUCCUGUUUCUAAGAGUGACCAACAAAAUGCCUGCUACCAGCAAAUGACAUUUAGUGGCAUAUUGCCUCUGAAGAUGGAGGUUCUAUACAGACAUUACGUCUAGCAGCCAUUGAUGGCCCAUUAGUCUGCUGCAGCAGAGCUUUUUAAAUGGUGUUACUACCUGCAGUUUACCAAUUUUCUUUCUUUCUUUCUUUCUUUCUUUCUUUCUUUCUUUCUUUCUUGCAAAAUGUUAGUGUUCCUCAUUCUGUGUAGUCCUAUCCUGAUCCAUAUACAUAGCUAAGUAUCACAUCAAUGUAGCCUUUGGGACAGCCUUUCUCAACCUUGGGUCCCCAGAUGUUGUUGAACUACAACUCCCAUCACGCCUAGCUAGCAAGGCCAGAGCUCAGGGAUAGUGGGAGUUGUAGUCCAACAACAUUUGGGGACCCACAGGUAGAACCGCUGCUUUGGGGGCUGGUGGUAGUUCAAAAUAUCUGGAAGACGCUGGGUUAGGAAGACUACAUGAAUUGUUUUAAAUGCAGCAGUAAACAAGCCAGCUGGUCCUGGCCAGGAAAAACCUGAAACAAGUCGCAACAGGAAUAUAUAUAAAUUCAAAUGAAAUGUAAUUUGAAAUCUGGAACAACAACUACAUUUGUAUACUAGUUUAAAUUGUGCCACUGUUUUGCCCCAGAAUAAGAGGGUUGAGGUAGAUAAUUUGCUGGACCAGCUUCCAGUUCAGGAUAAAGUUUUGAGGGGAGAAUGUUCUACUUCAUUCGUCUCUUUCUUUCACAGGGAUGUGGAGUAGCAUAUUUUCCAAGAAUCUGUUGGAUGCCUGGCAUGCAGCUGACAAUUCAGAGGACUUCUGGAACAGGUGGACCCAAGAUAAUAUCACUGAGAUUGGUAAAUUAUAGUCCACGCUCCAUGUGAUUUUUGAUGUAACCAUAUACAGAUUGGUUUGGGGGCUGGCCUCUUGCUGCGUGGAAAUACCUCAUUCUGAACUUUGCAAUGCAAGUGCUUUGUGGAGGUGCAACUUUAACACCCAGAUUCAGUUCAUCAUAAGAUUACCUUGUUCCAGAAUGGUAGAUACUCAUGCCUGAGCAUACUCCUAUACAUGGUUGGCAGCCUGAAUGUGCCUUUCAUUUUCACCCACCUUGUACACCUGUCCCGCCUCUGUGGUCACUGGCCAUUCAUGGAUAUAAUGCAAACUUUGCCAGCCUGGUGCCUUCCAGAUGGCUUGGACUACGUGUCCCAUCAAUCCCAGCUAGUAUGGCUAUGUUGGCCCAAAUAAAAUCCAGAAAUCAAGCAUGCAAUUUGGGUCUUAUGGGUAUUAGAUUUUUGGUAUACGUGUGGAUGUAAUAUUUCAACAGACCUAUUGAAAAAUUUUAUUCCCAUGUGCACAUUUAGUGGUUCAGAGGAAGUACAGCCAUGCUCUCUUUCUUCACUGUGUGCGAGUAAUUGCUUAUCUACUAGGCCAAGGUGACUAUAGAUAAUGGUAUCUAUAUUUACCCCAAGAGUAAAGGUCUGAUCCUAAAAUUCACCCACCUUUUAAUUAGCUCCCCUGAAUUAUUUUAAAACAAACAUAUUGCACACCAUCCCUAUCCAUGUAUCUGUUUAGUUUAAUUAAUUUUAUCUUUUUUUAUCUUUAGAUGAUGAACCUGAUUUUUAAAAUAGGUUGUUCCUCAUCCCUUUUCAUGCACCUGUUUACCUUAAUUAACUUUGUUGUUCUUCAGAUGAAGUACCUGACUUACCGGAGAGACCUCACGAGAUGCCGACUCGCAUGUUCACUCCAGCAGGCAGCCUUUCCAAUUCUCUACGGGAUAUUUUGACAGACCGUCCAGCGGUGUCAAAGUACCAUAAUUUUUUAAAAGGGUUCCAACUGCAUAAUGAGUAUGCACAGGAUCUGCAGUUUUCUAAGUGGAAAGGUAUACCCGUAGCAUAAAUUUCAUUUGGAAAUAAACAAUUUGCAUAGCAUAGGCUAAAUCAAUUACAUUUUUUCCUCAUCGAAGAGAAUUCACCACUGUCAUUAUUACUGUGUCACUGCUCCAACUGUUGUGCUUUGAGAGAGAGAGAAUGAAUGGGCCAGGAUGGAAGGCGAAGGGAUAGUGGAAACUGCACUUACUCCUACUAGGUGAAAAGACUCUUGUGUUCAUCUGUAGCUCUGGAAUGGUUCCUCACCUCUGGCACAUCAUUGCAUAUGUCAGCAGCUGCUGCUGGCACCACUCUACAUAACUGAAGCACUAGCACAAAGGGGGUAGUGUCCUUUUGUGUCAGUACUGUGUGGACCCUCGGCAGGUGACCUGUGUCGUGCUGUGCUAUGUUGAAAACACUGUUUCCUCGCAUCUUGCAGCCGGGUGAUCCCAAAUUGUCCAGUAUGACUUUUGGAUCUCCACUGGCCUCCAGAUGUUUAUUACUAUUACUACAGCUACAAUGUAAACUUCAAGUCAUUUUUAGCAGGCUUCACGUGAUAGUUGCAAGUUGCUUUCUACAGGUGUAGCUGAAUGCUAAGUUGUUUCUUUAAUGAGGCCUGAAAUGUGUGUGAGCCAUUAAGGGACUGCUAUGUGUCUGGAAGGAGCUCCCGUUGCUCGGUCCUUGCUUCUGCCAACCUAGCAAUUUGAAAGCACGUCAAAGUGCAACUAGAUAAAUAGGUACUGCUUCUGCGGGAAGGUAAAUGGCGUUUCCGUGCACUGCUCUGGUUCUCCAGAAGCGGCUUUGUCAUGCUGGCCACAUGACCCGGAAGCUGUACGGCGGCUCCCUCAGCCAAUAAAGCGAGAUGAGCGCCCCAACCCCACAGUCGGCCACGACUGGACCUAAUGGUCAGGGAUCCCUUUACCUUUACCUUAUGUGUUUGGAAGAGGGACGCGGGUGGCGCUGUGGGUUAAACCACAGAGCCUAGGACUUGAUGAUCAGAAGGUCGGCAGUUUGAAUCCCUGUGACAGGGUGAGCUCCCGUUGCUGGGUCCCUGCUCCUGCCAACCUAGCAGUUCAAAAGCACGUCAAAGUGCAAGUAGAUAAAUAGGUACCACUCCAGCGGGAAGGUAAACGGCGUUUCCAUGUGCUGCUCUGGUUCACCAGAAGCGGCUUAGUCAUGCUGGCCACAUGACCCAGAAGUUGUACGCCGGCUCCCUUGGCCAAUAAAGUGAGAUGAGCACCGCAACCCCAGAGUCAGCCACGACUGGACCUAAUGGUCAGGGGUACCUUUACCUUAAUGUGUUUGGAAGGCCACAAUGCAAGACUCAUGUGCAGAUUCUGGGAAUAAGGAUGGCUUACUGUAAGGUGGGGAGCAGUGAUUGAGGUCCAGCUUAGCUGCAGCUGAUCCAUGGUGGUCUUCUGGUCCCUGAGUGACCAAUGGAGACUGUCACUUCUUCUUCCACUGGCUGUGUGGGCUGCCCUAGUGUUUUGACCAAUCACAAACAAGCCAGGCGACAUGGCUUGGCAGGCAUACAACAGGGAAGUGUUCACACCCCUGUCUUCCAUCUGCUAUUAUCCCUGGGCUUAAAAAGAGGCCUAGACAGGAAUUUUCCUCCAGAGAAAUUGGGCAUGUCUGGGGUUUUUGCCUGCCUCAUAGCUGUUGUCACAACUUGUUGGCGCAUAAGGCAUUGGGUUGGAUCCUUAGUCAAGGCAGAAGGCAGGGUUUGGGAGUCUACCCUCUGGCUCCAAAGAAUUGGGAUACCCCAUUAAAGGGGUCCAGGGGGAGGUGCUUCUAUCCAGAUGCCCAGAUGGGGCCGAUGAGCCACAGCACUCCCCUUCCAUGGAGAGAUCACCCCGAUUUGAUGUAUGUCAUUCUUAACCCAGGAUUAACUGUGCCAAACAAUCAGCAGACAGGUUGGAUGAUUCGGAGUACACAUCCAAUGCCUAAGCCAAAACCUACUAACAUCUGGGGUCAAUAAGGAUGUGGCCUGUUUACAUCACAGGAUGUUUGUCCUGUGAUUAUUGCACCUUCCCAAACUUGCUCCCUUGCACAGUGUUCCUGGGCCUAAUCAACCACUCACUUCCAACCUGUACAAAAUGUACGUGUACAUAAAUACAGGAUGCAGACUGUAUGUGUGUGUACUUUUGUAUACCACAGGCUCAGUGUAGAAGAACAUAUAGAGGUCAAAGACAUCUGAAGGCAGCCCUGUAUCAUAGCUGUCAACUUUUCCCUUUUCUUGCAAGGAAUCCUAUUCGGAAUAAGGGAAUUUCCCUUUAAAAAAGGGAAACGUUGAUAGCUAUGCCCUGUAUAGGGAAGUUUUUAAUGUUUGAUGUUUGAUUGUGUUCUUACAUCUGUUUAGAGCCGCCCAGAGUGGCUGGGGCAACCCAGUCAGUUCAAUGGGGUACAAAUAAUAAAAUUGUUAUGUGGAGCAAGACCAGCAAAUGCGAUUUGUUCUUCUUUGCCACAUCUGUUGUCUUAUUUGUGCUAGUUUUGUGAUAAAAUUAUUUUUCUGAGGGGGGAGCAGAAAGGCGAUUACUUCUGGAUUUUGUUGGUUCUUUUCAUUUUAAAGUCAAUGCCUUGUUUUGUAGAUACUGUGCUUGAUGAAUCCCCUAAUCAGUUGAGAGAUUCAGCAGAUCACCUGGAACUGGUGGAUACAGCAUUUUUCUUUGAUACUAGUUGCCCUCCACUUCUGAGACCAGAGAGGAAAGUUGAUGUCAUUCUGCACUUUAAUUACACUGGAGGAUCACAAGCUAAGGUUAGAUGGGUAUAUUAAUUUUUACCAUUAUUAAAUCUUUUUGAAAGAUAAUCCAAAUGUAUGUAUUGAAAACAAUAUCUGGAAAUUUAUAACUAUUAUUUAUUUAUUUAUUUAUUUAUUAAAGUUCUAAACAAUCCAGUUAAUAUCAUAGUUCAAAACCAAAGGAGGUCUGCCACAACAUUAGGAUUAAAAUGGUCUUUUAAUUCAUUAUCCAAAAGAUCUCAACUUUCCAGGGUUGGAGUCAGCUAUUUCUGUAAACAAGAAAAGUGCAAUUUAUUUCAGAAAAAAAAUCAUAUGCUCCUAGCCUAAAUUUGGUUUCAAAAAUUUAAAAGUUUACUGUUCACAUUUUUCAUGAUUCUUAUUGAUGCUGUUGGUUUGAUUUUUUUUUAAUUAAAAAGGUAUAAAAGUAUAGGAGAGGCAAAUUGGUAUUGAAUUUAAGUGCUUUAAAGUUAAUAAACAUGCCUUUAGGUUAAAUUGUGUUUUUCUUAAGUCGGUUUAAGAUUAAGAAAAAAGUUAUUUUUUAAAAAAAUCAAUGUUGCUGAAUUUCAAAGUCAAUUUCAAAGUUUCCUUUUGGCUCUAGUGGUUCCCUCUCAUGACAAAUUAAAUGCCUGUUUUGACAGCAUGGACAGUUUUCUGUAUCUUGUUUUGCAUCCCACCAUGAUCACAUUAUGAUUUCAAAUGAAAUUACUGCUUGUCAAGAACUCCAUGGCUGGUUUCUUCUUUGGCCCCUGCUAAAAAUGCUUCAUUUUGCAACCAUAGCCUUUGGAGCGGGCCUCUACAUACUUCACAGAGCAAGGAAUCCCAUUUCCCAACACUUUGCUGAAUGAUGAAGAAAAGAAAAAUCUAAAGGAGUGCUACGUGUUUGAAGAUGCACAAAACCCAGAUGCCCCCACAGUGAUUUAUUUCCCACUAGUGAAUGACACCUUCCAAAGAUAUCUUGCACCCGGUGAGUUAAUGGCAGCCAAUAUAUAACAGAAAUAACAUUUAUUUCAAGUAAUUCAUCCAAAACAGAUUUUACACAAUCCCACAUUUUCUUUGAGAAAGUCCUACUGGUUUUAAUGAAGUUGAAAUGUAUUUUGGUUUGUGACCUGACAGCUCAAUCUUAGUCAUAUUCAAAAGCAAGUCUGAUAGAGUCCAAUGAAUUCCUAGCUAGCAUGCUUUAUUUUACAAUCUGAUACUUCAUUUAAAUUGUUGCACAAUGAUUAGGGUGGAUUUUUCUCAAUUAAGAUCUUAGACCAUAUUUUUAUAGUGACGUGAGGUUAGGUAGGCUUGGAAUAUUUAUUUUUGUAGGGCAAUUCCAUGAGUACUGGAAUCAUAAUCUGGGACUGGGAAGGAAUUUUAUACACCAGAAGUGUAAAUUUUUGACAUUUGUUUUCCAAUCAGAACUAAUAAUAAUAAUAAAUAUGUUAGUUACUUUCUCUUGCUCAAGAUAACUCAAAGCAAUUUACAACCCAAAAAAGUUUUCCACAUCCCCACAUUUUAUUAAAAUUAUAUGAAAAUUGCUAUAUUAUUGCUGUAUUCCACCUUUCUGCCUUAGCUGUAUUUCAUCAAUAAAAUCAUUGACACAAUUAAACAUAACAAACUAUUUGAACAUUUCCUGAUCAUACAGAAGAACUAUUUUCCUGUUUGGAAUUGUUCUAUGGCAGGGGUCAGCAACCUUUUUCAGCCGUGGGCCGGUCCACCGUCUCUCAAACCAUGUGGUGGGCCGGAUUAUAUAUAUUUUUUUGGGGGGGGGGAAAUGAACGAAUUCCGAUGCCCCCACAAAUAACCCAGAGGUGCAUUUUAAAUAAAAGCACACAUUCUACUCAUGUAAAAACACACUGAUUCCCGGACUGUCCGCGGGCCGGAUUGAGAAGGCAAUUGGGUUGGAUCUGGUCCCCAGGCCUUAGUUUGCCUACCCCUGUUCUAUGGAAUCUAAAGUGCAAAUUGCUUAUGCUCCUGACUCAGGAUUGCACAUUAAUCUCCUGAAUGCUUCCUUUUGAAACGUUCAUUAUUUUACUUAUUUGACACUUUUGUAAUUUUCCCUUCCUCUUGAAGCUCAGAAUGGCUUUCUAGCCCCAUAGACUAAUUGAGGUAGAUUAAGUUGUAAACUGAGAGUUGGAUUUGGCCUAAAUCCACCCACAUAGCUUCACAUCUAAAAAUCUGAGCCUGAGUGUCCCACAUCCAAGCCAACAGUCUAGUCUUUGAAGCACACUCCCUUUGGGUCAGAAAGGACCCCCCAAAAAUGAAAUUUAGAUAGAGACAGGGUUACUGCCCUUUCUGGCAUGCCUUCUGAUUCCACUGGCUAAGCUUUGGAGAUGAGCUAGCUAAGGACUUGACUCCCUUUUCUUCUUUUCUUCUGUAGGUGUGGAACGUAGCACUGCUGAAAUGUCACUGGGCAAUGUUGAUAUCUCUAGUGCCUUUUCUCCAUAUUCCACAAGACAGGUUUCGCUGCAAGAUGAGGAUUUCAACAAGCUACUGAAUCUAACUAACUACAAUGUCCAGAAUAAUGCAAGCACAAUCCUUCAUGUUUUGCACAAAGUAGUAGACCAGAAAAAACAGGCCUGGUCAUCUCAGGUUGCCUCAUGAAUACACCUUUCUUGUAGGGAUGGGG